CGUAGCAAUUCAAAUAGGAGCCCUCAGUCUGUUGUUUGUUUGCUUUGUCUACUUUGCAUUUUCUGCACUGUUUUCUUCGAUUGACAACUCGUCAAACCAGCCCAACACUCCCCUCCUCAGGCUGCGGUACAUUCCAUCAUCACUCCGUGCCAUCGUCACCACCGCCGGCACUUCAACGGAUCGCCGGCUAGGUUCGCCCGGCCCUUGCCUUGCGUCAAGCUUUACUGUGCAUCAAGCUUUAGGACUGCCCGCAGUGUGCGUCGCCAGUCAUAUCUGAUCUGCCCCAAGGUGUUCGUUGGGUCAGCCUGUGACAGACUGACAGCUCCUCUGGUUGUCGCCGCAAACGGAAAGCCAACAAACCCCCGGCACCAUGUUCGCCCACCAGUUCGACCAUUCCUUGAAUGACUUGGAUUUAUUUAAUCAGUACGUCAAUAUGGACAACUCCAGCGUGGAUGGCAACAAAGAUGUCUCGUUCCCUGGCGAUCUUGACCAAAUAUUUCAGCUCGAGUCGCUGUCCAGCGACUGUGGCGAGCAUUCUCCGGCCAUCCCCACCUCCACGCAACCCCAUCAGGCCGCCCACGCUUGGAGUAAAGACUUUUGGUGUCUGGCCCACGAUCCAGACUCGUCUACGGGUCACCCCCAUUUCUCUCUACAGGACACUGUUCAUCCUUCUGCCGUCUCCGAGCUAGCUGUCAACUUCGAAGCCCCGCCCACAGCCUGUGCUCCGGAAACCCGCCGAUCCCCAACCACUCCCCCAGCAACUCCCAGUCGCAAGGCCCAAAGUGCUGGCAUCACGCCCAAGGCCAUCCGCCGUCAUCGUGAGCCUAAUGACCGCCGUGGGCCGCUGCAAAAACAGAGCUUCUCCCCCGGCAUCCCCCGCUCAUCGCAGAUCCAACGGAACAGAAUGGCGUACCCCGAAGCUUGGGCUCAGCGAUUCAACAACUUCAGCUUCCGUAACUCGGAUGAACGCUUGCCCUUGUCACCACCACCCUCAGAUAUCCUCGUUCAGCAGGAGAAUAUGGCGGCAGACACCGCGCACCUGAACCGCACUGAAGCGCUAUCCAAGCCUUCCGCAGAGAUGCCUCCACAUUAUGACACUGGCAUCUUCAACCCAUCACCUGCCAUCUCCAUGCCUUCGCCUUCAACAGCUACCCUAGCGGGGCAGCCUCCGAGAUAUUUAAGCCAGUCAAGCAGCUCUGGCUUGCCCACCUCAAGCCCCCCUUCAGCUGAUGAGAUCUUCUCCUCCCCACAUUCUUCGGGCCCUCAGUCUAUGUCUUCGUGGCAUUCCGACUCUCUUGCCUCUUCGGGGCUUCCGUACAGCACUCCCGACCUGAAUGGGCACGAUACCCAAGCAUGGUGGUCACCAAUUACAUCUCGAGUUCCCCAGCGACAACCGUCAUAUCAGCAAAUGGUCGCCUCCCCAGCUGCGCAACGGCCGAUCCAGAACCCUGCAACCCAGAAUGACAUGCUGCAAGGGGGACUUAUGAUUCAACUCGACCCCUCGUCGUUCGACUUAUCUAACACCCACUCGUCCUUCCCGUCGUCCGGGCUGGCUUCCGCUCCUAACGGCCACGACAGCCGUCCCUAUACCCACAGCACAGCAGCUCCAGUGGAUUCAUCCUCUUUCGUCACCCCACAAAUCCCACCCACUCACUCCAGGCCACCAUCGCUAUCUCCAGGCUCAGGCGCCUCUCCAAAGAAUGGAACCAUCAUGCAUAACGGAAGCAGGAGGACAAUCAACCGCCAGAACCUCAACCGAAAGCUAUCUAAUUCCAUGAACAUGCCCAAGCCAGUCAAGGGACUCCACACUACAAGCCCCAAGGGAGGCAACAAAUCCGUCACCGUGUCAUUCGUGAACUUCACCCCCAACGAUCACCAGAAGAUCCUCACCGGUGUUGCCCCCAGCGGCAGCUCCAAGACUAAGGCACGACGCGAGCAAGAAGCCCGCGAUAGACGGCGCAAACUGAGCGAAGCCGCUUUGCAAGCCGUCCGGAAGGCCGGAGGCGAUGUCGAGGCUCUCGAAGCCAUCUUUUGCUAAUUCAUGUAAUAGUAAUAUCCAUUUGUUCAUUCUUUUCCUGUUCUGUUACUUGUGUUGGUUACUCUAGCCGGUUGGGGCUGCCUGCGUUAUACCAUUCGAGUACUUGUUUUAUCCAUGUCUUACUAUAUCAUUGCUUUUUACCCCCGAUACAAGGCAGCGGUUGUUUUCAAACAGAUUAUCCUCUUCGCUGUUGGAAGGAAAGGGUUUGGGAGUUGGAUCAUCAAAAGCGUUAGAUGGGCGGACAUUCGGUUUCCUCCCCGGGUUGGAUACUACGUAUAAUAUAUGUCACUAAUACUGCAUACAUGGGAACACAGUUGAAACAGAAGCGAGCGAUCUAUAAAUGCAGAUAGUAGUAGGUGGAUACU